CUUUUCCAGCGAGGCUUCGUUCCAACGAUCAAAUUCAACACAGUAGCCAGCGCCAUAAAUCAUAGUCUCAAAGAUAUCCAAACAUUUGAAAGGUAAAGGAAGGCGCUAGAAAAGAUAUGGUCUCGUCAUAGCGUCCGAUUUUCGCCAUAAUAAGCUACCGAAUUGCAAUGGGAGAUUACAAGUUGGCCAAAGAGGCUUUUGUCUCAGGUAACCCAGGUGCUUCUAUUUGGAGUAUCAAUGCCGUCAGCCUGGUGGCUCUGGCGACGUAUGCUCUCUGGAUAGCCUUAUCACCUUACAUCCGUCAUGGACUCUUGAACAACUACCUGAUCUGUGUUCUCCCCCUACUACUCGGGGUGACCAUCUUCUCAACUUCUCCCCUCGUUUUCGCCUCUUUUUUGUCCAUUAUCUCGCUCUUUUUCAUUGCGAAAUCUCAAAAACGCUUCAACUUUCCUAGGUCACCCGAAAAGCCAAAAGGUCAAUGGCUUGACGAAUCAGACUCGGAUGAGGAACCAGCGGAACCUGCUUCUGCAGCUGGAUCUGCCGCAGUGUCACCAGCAAAGCUUCUACCUUCCCAAGUGGCAUUCGCUUCGGGAUCUCUAUUAUCUACCGAUCCUACAAUAUCCCCGAUGUCGCCGAGUAGUUCUUCAAGUUCAGGGCAUGAAGACCCUUUGGGAAUUAUGGGCGUUAACAGACGGAGGUCACCAUUAGAAGGCGUUUCGCUUGAUGUUCCAUCGCAUAUCGACUCCAAGGUCAGAAUAUCCCCUGUCCCCUCCUUGAGGCUUAAAAAGUCUAGGGCGACGAAGGUGCAAGGGGUGGAAGAAAAGGGAAGAUUACCGUUUUUGACAGUAUACCGAGCGCAUAUGAUGCUCAUGACUGUCAUCUGCAUCUUGGCGGUAGAUUUUGAAGUGUUCCCUAGAUGGCAGGGCAAAUGCGAGGAUUUUGGCACCAGUCUGAUGGACGUGGGUGUCGGGUCAUUCGUCUUUUCCCUCGGUCUCGUCUCCACAAAAUCUCUUUCUCCCCCACCUCCACCCCCUACGCCCACUUCGCCCGCUCUCAACUCUCACAUCAUUCCCCUCACCCCUUCCCCGUUAAGUUUCAUUCUCAUCUCGCUCCGAAAAUCCGUCCCCGUCCUCGUCCUCGGCUUUAUACGGUUGAUUAUGGUCAAGGGAUCUGAUUAUCCUGAGCAUGUCACGGAAUAUGGCGUGCACUGGAAUUUCUUCUUCACCCUCGCAUUGGUGCCUGUGCUUGCCGUCGGCGUUCGACCAUUGACACAGUGGCUUCGCUGGAGUGUGCUUGGGGUAAUCAUCUCUUUGUUGCAUCAGUUGUGCUUAACAUACUAUCUUCAACCCAUCAUCUUUUCAUUCGGCCGAUCAGGUAUCUUUCUAGCAAACAAGGAAGGUUUCUCCUCUCUUCCUGGCUAUCUCUCCAUAUUUUUGAUUGGCUUGUCCAUUGGAGAUCAUGUUUUAAGGCUCAGUUUACCACCAAGAAGAGAGAGGGUCGUGUCAGAAACGAUUGAAGAGCACGAGCAGAGUCAUUUUGAGAGAAAAAAAUUGGAUCUGAUUAUGGAGUUGAUUGGAUAUAGCUUAGGCUGGUGGGCACUGCUAGGAGGCUGGAUUUGGGCCGGCGGGGAGGUAUCCAGGCGCUUGGCCAACGCUCCUUAUGUAUUUUGGGUAGCGGCAUACAAUACCACCUUUCUCCUCGGCUACCUCCUCCUUACCCACAUCAUUCCAUCUUCCAUCUCUUCCCAAACAUCGCCAUCGAUCUUGGUACCUCGCUUGCUCGACGCUAUGAAUAAAAACGGCCUCGCGGUAUUUUUGGCGGCCAAUUUGCUUACAGGGCUGGUGAAUGUGAGCAUGGAGACAAUGUAUGCUCCGGCGUGGUUGUCAAUGGGGGUGUUGAUGUUGUAUAGCUUGGCAGUCAGUUGUGUGGGGUGGGUACUGAAAGGACGAAGUAUCAAGAUAUAGCGUUAAGCGUGUACCAUGCAAGAUACUGGUAUCUUGGUUC